AAAGUAAAAAUCUACGCAAAUAGUGCAAAAUGUCUCUAGCCGAUGAACUGCUGGCCGAUCUGGAAGAUGACAAUGAUGAGGAAAUGGAGGAAAUGGACACCAUCAAGGAGGAACCGAAAGAUGCCGCUCCGGACGAAGAGGAUGCCGAUUCCGGCGGCGAAGAGGACAACGCCGUCAUCUACGACCAGCAGGAUGAACCGAUGGAAAUAAAUCUGGCCGUUGCAUCGAUACGGGAAAUUUGUAAACUUCGCGACUCGGACAGGUUGUCGAACGUCCUGUCCCAGAUUGAGAAAUAUGCGAAAAACCCACGCACCACGGUGGAGAUGGUGGGCAACGUAGAGUCAGAUCCGGAGUAUCAGCUGAUCGUGGAGGCAAAUAAUAUUGCGGUUGACAUUGACAAUGAAAUCUCAACGAUACACAAAUUCGUGAAAGAUAAGUACCAAAAACGUUUCCCGGAGCUGGAUUCACUCAUCAUGACGGAGAUGGACUACAUCCGGAGUGUUCGCGAGCUGGGAAACGAUCUCGAUCAGGCCAAGAACAACGAGCGGUUGCAGGAAAUCAUAACCCAGGCUACGAUUAUGAUCGUUUCGGUAACGGCAUCAACUACGCAAGGAGUAAAAUUGGAAAAGCAUGAGCUGGAACAGAUUAACGAGGCAUGUGAUAUGGCGGUAGAGUUGAACGAUUUCAAGAGCAAAAUCUUCGAGUACGUCGAAAGCCGCAUGACCUUUAUCGCUCCCAACAUGUCGAUGAUAGUGGGCGCUUCCACGGCUGCGAAGCUGGUCGGAUUGGCUGGCGGGCUGACAAAGCUUUCGAAAAUGCCCGCCUGUAACGUGCAGGUGCUGGGUGCACAAAAAAAGACACUUUCUGGAUUCUCCAAAGUAGCAAUGUUACCCCACACUGGUUAUGUUUACUACUGCGACAUUGUACAGGACACACCACCAGAUUUACGGCGCAAAGCGGCUCGGCUUGUAGCCGCCAAAUGCACUCUGGCGGCACGUGUCGAUGCAUCGCACGAAAGCCAUCUGGGCGAGAUCGGGCAACGGUUCCGGGAGGACAUUGAGAAAAAGCUAGACAAACUGCAGGAACCACCACCGGUAAAGUUUAUCAAACCCCUUCCAAAACCCAUCGAGGGAGGGAAAAAGAAGCGUGGCGGUAAGCGGGUGCGCAAGAUGAAGGAACGCUAUGCCAUUACCGAGUUCCGCAAGCAGGCUAACCGGAUGAACUUUGGUGAUAUCGAGGAAGAUGCAUACCAGGAGGACCUCGGUUAUACGCGCGGUACGAUCGGCAAAACCGGUACAGGACGCAUUCGUUUGCCACAGAUCGACGAAAAGACGAAGGUGCGCAUUAGCAAAACGUUGCAGAAAAAUCUGCAGAAACAGCAACAGGUGUGGGGUGGCAGCACAACGGUGAAGAAACACAUUUCCGGUACGGCAUCGAGCGUUGCUUUUACGCCACUGCAGGGGCUGGAGAUUGUAAAUCCACAAGCGGCGGAAAAACCGACCGGCGAAACGGGUGCGAAAUAUUUCUCCAACACGUCCGGAUUUUUGUCGGUCGGAAAGAAAACAACGUAA